AUGAGCGUCCUCUUCCCGCGCACUAAUCACGCCCUCGUGGCUAACCCUCCCGUGGGAGACACCCAUCUGACCACCAGUAGCUCAGACUGGCUCUGGGCUGUAACGGCCUGCUACUGUGUGGGUGUUCUUAUCGUCGCCGGUUGGGCAUAUGUUGCUCGCGCGGGCGAAAAGGUGUUCCACUAUCUCUUCACCAUAUCUCUUCUAGUUGGGUCAAUUGCCUACUUCGCCGCCGCGUCCGAUCUUGGGAAUGUUCCCAUCCGAGUCUCGAAUGACAAUUCCAGGUACCCCGGAACCAGACAAAUCUCCUACGCUAAAUAUAUAUUCUGGAUCCUGGGUUGGACACCUCUCGUCAUUGCCCUCGGCCUCAUCUCCGGCGUCAGCUGGGCUACGAUAAUCUAUAACGUCGCCUUGAUGUGGACAUGGAUCGCAUCCUGGCUCAGCGGCGCCCUAGUAGCGUCACACUACAAAUGGGGCUUCUACGUCUUUGGAAUCUUCGCCUACCUCUUGCUCGGCGUGUCGCUUCUACACACCGGCAGCAUCACCGCUCGCCGUAUCGAAGUCUCAGGACAGUAUCUCGGCGUCACAGGCUGGGUUGUAUUCGUAUGGAUGCUGUACGCCAUCGCUUGGGGUCUCGAUGAUGGCGGAAACCGCAUUAGUGUCUCAGAUGGUUGGAUCUUCUGGGGUAUUCUAGAUGUUGCACUGGUCCCGCUAACCAGCUUGGCUAUUCUAUUCCUGGCUACGCGAUGGGAUUACCGCAACUUGAACCUCUAUUUCACACAGUAUGGGCGUGUUGCCCAGGGUGGUACCUAUCCUGAAAGAGAGAAGGCCCACCCGGUUGCUCCUGCUGAUACUGCUGCGGCAGAUACCACUGCGCCAGUGGCCGCAACUGAGGUGUGA